AUGAUUGACUCGGUCCUCAGCGUCGCCUUCUACCUGUCCACCGCAAUCACCCUAUUUAUUCUGCUCCUUCCAUCCCAGUAUCAGCCAGGCACCUCUUCCACAAGGGACGCGCAACAUGGACCGCAAAAGCCCAAGACCAGCGUUCAGAUCCUCGUUCUCGGAGAUAUUGGCCGCAGUCCGCGCAUGCAGUACCAUGCCUUGAGCAUUGCGAACCGAGGCGGGCAGGUGGCGAUCAUUGGGUAUAAAGAGUCCGACCCUCAUCCCGACAUUACCUCGCAUCCCAACAUAUCCAUUGUCCCGCUACAUCCUCAUCCGGCUAUCCUCCAGACCAGCAACAAGCUUCUGUUCACGAUUUACGGGCCCUUGAAGGUGUUGUUUCAAAUCGCUUGUCUAUGGAAGUGUCUAGCAUACACCACCAAGCCAGCACGUUGGCUGCUGGUACAGAAUCCACCGUCAAUUCCCAGUUUGGCCAUUGCGUCAAUCGUCUGCUUUCUCCGGCAGACGAAACUGGUCAUUGACUGGCACAAUUUCGGCUAUUCAAUCCUGGCCUUGAAGCUAGGUAACAGUCACCCCCUCGUAAAGCUGUCGAUAUGGUACGAGAAAUUCUUUUGCAAGUCAGCCACUGCGCAUUUUUGCGUGACCAAUGCCAUGGCCGCGGUUCUGAAAAGGGACUUUGCACUUCAAGCACCUGUCUUGCCGUUACAUGACCGGCCAGCCAGUCACUUUCACCCCAUAGUAAAACCUGGCGUGCGACGGGAGUUUCUCGCCUCUCUGCCGGAAACCAAGACAACGCGCUCUUCCCUGGCUGCAGGCACUCUCAGGGUUCUAGUGAGCUCAACUUCGUGGACGGCUGAUGAGGACUUCUCCAUCCUCAUUGAUGCCCUUCUUCAAUAUUCGGAACUGGCCACCACAACACACCCCCAGCUCCCUGACGUGUUGGCCAUCAUUACUGGCAAGGGUCCCCAGAAGGACAUGUACAUGAAGCAGAUCGUGGCACAUGAACAAGCCGGAAGGCUCCAAAGGGUCACUAUUCGGACGGCAUGGUUGAGCGUACCGGAUUACGCGCAGUUGUUGGCAUCGGCGGCGCUGGGAGUCAGCCUGCAUACCAGCAGCAGUGGCGUGGAUCUGCCGAUGAAAGUGGUAGACAUGUUCGGUGCCGGCCUGCCGGUGGUGGGCUGGAGUCAUUUUGAGGCGUGGCCAGAGCUAGUGACCGAGGGACGCAACGGGAUGGGCUUCGGCAGCUCUGCAGAGCUUGCUGACCGAUUGGUUCUCCUGUUUGGCGAUAACAGUCGGUUGGAAUCGCUGCGUGUGGGCGCACAAAAAGAAAGCGCGCGGCGAUGGGAUGACGAAUGGGAUCCUAUCGCAGGCUCACUUCUUGGUCUGAACUAG